UUUUUUUUUUUUAAGGAAAUGAUUUUAAAACACAAUUCUGUUUGUGCAUCAUAUCUUGCCUUUACUUCAAGUAUCUUUCAGUGUGAUUUGAAUGAAGGUCAAAUUUACUUACCUCAUUUUUGAUCGUUCUAGUAGCAACACAGAAAAAAAAAAUAUGGUUUUACUAAAUUUAUGCACUCUAUAGGUAGCAGGUUGGUAUAAAUCUUUCUAUUGGGGUCAUUUGGGAUAUAGAUGGGAUCCAUGUGUAGUAUCUACGACAGAUGAAUGUGUCAGAAUGCUAAAUAUCCUCACUGAUGUCUUCUGAAAAUAGCUGACAUGGAUGGGAUUUCCUAAAUAUGUCAAAUUCCAGUUUUUGUAAAUUAUAUUGAUAAGGAAGCACUGUGAUUAGUACUUAGAGGACGUAGGCUUUACCUGUCAACACCAGAGUGCUAUUGGUCCUCAAAUGGGUACAGAACUUACCACUCCUUUGCUGCUGGUCUCAUCUUCCUUGAGGUCUUCCUGCCGGUCUUGAUUUAUGCUUUGUGAAGCAGCUGCCUCAUCCAAGUCCUCUACUUGGGAGGUUGCUCUAACUAACGCCCCCUGGUGGCUUCUUAAUGGUUACAACUGUUGCUUGUGCUAUGGGAAAUCUGGCAAGAGACGAGAUUUCUCAGCUUCUUCCUUAAUGCUGUUCUGUAAAGCAGCCAACUUUGUGGGAUGCUGAAAUUGAAUAAGGAAGGUCACAGUUAUCAGCAUUUCUCUAAGGACCAGAUUUUCUGUAAGCACCUAGGAAACCUUCAGAGUCAUCUAACUAGUUUGAUCUAAUGAUGAGCUGCCUGGAUCCCUGGGCUUUGUUUUGUCUCUAAGAAGCCAUCAGAACCAUUUCCCCUAUGAAAGACCCUUUUGAAACGAAUACAACAUUAAGUUAUUUCCUAGAUCCAUUUAACUUAAGAUGCCCUAGAAUGCAUCUUUGUGUAAUGUUAAAUCAUCUCUAAGCCCUGCUUAUUUCUUGGGCAACUGAACAGUUGUAAGUUAGAAGGUAGCAAUCUAGUUAUUUGUUUCCUAGUUAAUAAUCUUAAAUUAAUUACAAUCGGGACAACUAUUUUUGUAUCCUUUUAGGUCUUAGAAUCGUGCAUUUUUGCACACAGAAGACGGUGAGUUAUUAUUGACUUGAGUUUAUUUGAAAGAUUUACUGUGGUCCCAUUCAAAUUUGAUACAUAUUGAACAUCAGACAUUGAUGUAAUGAUGUGUAUUCUAAAUUUGUUUUGCUCAUAAAUUAUAAAGAACUCUGUUUUAAUACUUCAUACUAAAAAGAUUUAACCCCACAUCUUCAGUUUUUUUAACUGUUGAUUUCUAGUUUUUGAAAUACGUGUUGAAAUGGUUUCUGAAAUCUUAUUAUACUGAAAUGUAAUAAUGUCAACAUUUGAGAUAUAUUUUAUAUAUAGCUAACUUCAAACCUACAGUUUCAGAGGAUUUAUCACUUAACAGACCAUAACAGGACCAAUUUAUUUACUAAACAAAUAACCUAUCAAGUGCCUCUCACUACAACACACUGUGCGUGGCACAAGGGAAGAAACAAAGAUGAGCAGGAUUUUAUGGAGCUGACCAGUGCUUUAGUGCAUAUACGACUGCAUUUUUUCAUUCAGAUCUUUACGCUUGCAUUCUUCCCAGCAGCAAUGUGGCUUUUUCUUCAGCUUUUAUCAAUCACACCGAUCAAUGAAUGGCUUUUAAAAGGUUUGCAGACUGUGGGUUGCAUGCCUCCCCCUGUGUCUUCUGCAGUGAUUUUGACCAAGGCAGUCGGUGGAAAUGAGGCAGCAGCAAUAUUUAAUUCAGCCUUUGGAAGUUUUCUGGGCAUUGUUAUAACACCCCUGCUACUGCUGCUUUUUCUCGGCUCAUCCUCUUCGGUGCCUUUUACAUCUAUUUUUUCUCAGCUUUCUGUGACGGUCGUGGUUCCUCUCAUUAUCGGACAGAUCGUCCGAAGGUACAUCAAGGACUGGCUUGAAAGAACGAAGCCUCCUUUCGGUGCUAUCAGCAGCAGUGUGCUCCUCAUGAUCAUCUACACCACCUUCUGCGGCACGUUCUCCAACCCCAACAUUGACCUGGAUAAGUUCAGCCUGGUGGUCAUACUGUUCAUAAUAUUUUCUAUUCAGCUGGGUUUUAUGCUUCUAACCUUCAUCUUUUCAACAAGGAAUAAUUCGGGUUUCACACCAGCAGACACUGUGGCUAUCAUUUUCUGUUCUACACACAAAUCCCUCACUUUGGGAAUCCCGAUGCUGAAGAUCGUGUUCGCAGGCCACGAGCACCUCUCCCUGAUCUCCGUCCCUCUGCUCAUCUACCACCCGGUGCAGAUCCUCCUGGGCAGCGUGCUGGUGCCCACAAUAAAGUCCUGGAUGGUGUCGCGGCAGAAGGGAGUGAAGCUGACGAGGCCGGUCGUAUAGCACAGGCGGUGCCCGGGCUGCGGCGGUGUACAUAUGUACAGGGUUGUGCACAGUCCUGAGACGCGUACUUGUGAAUUUUGCUCCGAUGCAUAUUUUAUUUUUUUACACACAGAAAACGAUAUAACUGUUGAAGUGCCUUAAAAAUGUAUUUGACAAGAGCGUUCUUUCCAAAACCGACUUUGUUGGUUACUGCCAGGGGCGGUGCAGUAUUUUGGAGUUGUUCAUCCCAAGUGACAAAAGCCCCAGCUUUGUGCGUACACCUCUGUCAUGGUUACUGUACUGUUCGGAAGGAGAAACGCCCUUCCGAAGCGGGGAGAACUUCCAAAGUCUUAAUCUAAGUACUUUGAUUUACUGUGUGAUUUUUUUCCCUACAACUGUGACAUGCCUCUGAUCAACUCCACAGGAGUCAUAGACUGAAAAGCAUAAGUUGUCUGCAUUCCUUGACAUCAUUUUUUUUAGACAUUCCUUCAAAUGGUUUCCACACAGAAAUUCCUCUGUGCCAUGAUCAGAAAUUGUGAUAUUAUGUGUCUUAAAUUUACUCUAAGCUGCUUCAAAGAAAAGACCUGAUGGUUGAGUGAUGAGUCAAUGAAGGGACAUUUUGAGGAAAACUACAGAAUAUGACUUUCAGGAUUUUCAAAAUCAUGGAUUUUUCAUUUUUCUUUUGCUUUAAUUUCUUUCCUAUUUCCCAACACACUCGCAAACUCAUAGCAGCCAAAUAUGAGACACAAACCUGUUAUCAGUUUGAGAGCAGCAGCAAUUAAUGAUGGGCUGUAUUCACAUUCCACAACUGAGAAAAACCUUUUCUUGUUACAUAGAUGUGCUGAGCACAAAUCACCCCCGUUAGCUAGAAGCAGCCUGUUACAUCCUUGAAUUAAGCAUACUUAACGGCAUUUGAGACAAGUUAUGAAUGAAAUUUUCCUUGGCAGACUUGUCAAAGGAUUGCGACAUUAAAAAAAAAUUUAAAUCAGAUUGCUGUUAUGAAUAAAUGGAAAUAUGAAGGUCAUAGAUGCAAACAGAUGUUACAGAUACACAUUCUUUCUAGCCAAAUGGAAAGAAAAGUGGGCACAGAAAAUGCAAAACCACUUAUUGGUUUUGUUCCCAAUUGGGCUUCAGCUUUCAAAACAGUAUGGAAUAUUUGCCUCUGGGAUGCCUGGAGAGCAUUCACUGGACCCAAAGAGAGAAUAAAGCAAUAUAUACAAUCAGGGGGACACUCUCUCUGCUUCCUGCACAUCCUCUGUGGCAUCCUGUCCAUGUGUCUUUCUUGAUUUGACAGACAAGAUAGGCACCUGGGGUCACACCGGGCCACACUGUCCUUGGCAGCUGUCUUCUUGUUCUGUCAACAAAAGAAAACAAUUCCUUAGGAACCAAUCAAGUCUAUCCACAGUGUAACUUUGUGUUCUUGUUACUACCCGGUCUCCUCUCCCGUGAACUUCUGACUCAUUCCAUAUCACCGAAUUUCACAAAUUUCACAACAGUUGUCCUCGGUGUCAAUUUCAAAGCUAGUGCCAGACCUCGCAUAAAACUAUGCUAAAUGGGCUAUUUGUCAAGAGUUUUCAUUGUCAAGACUUUUGCUUGUAAUUUUGCUUGGUACUUUGGAUGCUUACAAAUAAUGGAGCUCAGAAAAGUUUUUGUGCUCUGUUCCUGUAAACUUCUUUAAAGUUCAGAGUCAAUGAAAUUGAGUUACAAUAAAAGCUAGCAUUAGAAUGCUGUUUUUCCCCCAACUUAUCUACCUCUCUUGUCAAACACCUGUAGUAGGUGUGUGAUUAUGGGAUAAAAUUCAACUGAAAAUACUAUAACAUCUACAUGGUGAAUUUUGGUGACUUUAGUGAUAAAUUUAUGCUUUUUUUUUUUUUUACAUAAAUGCUGUGGCAUAUUUUUCCAUAAAGAAAAAACAAUUAAAAUUUAUUUUUAACUCAUUUUUAUUGGGAUUUAAUUAUUCAUGUCUGAAAAUACUUUAUUAUGUUUAUGUACUGUCAAGCUAUCUGUUCUAUGUAUUUGUUUUGUCUAAGUGUAUUUAUGAAAGAAAUAAUUAGAUUAUAUUUAUGUUUACCCAUUUUUCCACCUGGAUUUUUUUUAAUGGCUGUUAUGAAAUUUGAUUUUUUUUUUUUUAGUGGGUGAUAAUCUAUUCUAUCUAUUCUUAUGUUCUUUUCUAAGUUUUAAAAUUUUUAUGGAUGGGUUUUUUGUUUUGUUUUUUUCAAAUUCUUUCCUAUUCUGUUUAAAUUAACACACCUCUGGCUAAUGUUCCAUGUUUGUUUAUGCUAAAUACCAAAUUUUUUCAAAAGGAUUGGUAAAGUAAUGAAGUGGAUUAUUUAUGAUGAAUGGAAGAUGAAAAGGAUUCUAUGAUUAAACAAAGAGAUGUUUUAGAAAUCA